UAAAAAACUUCCCGCGGCGCUCACUCUCCCCACGACCUCGAUCAGCUCCCUGCCAGCCACCUCCCCGCGCCCCACUUCCCUUCCCGCACUGCCCCACCUUCUCCGGCGGCGACGCCCACCAGCACCUCUAACUGCGGCGUCCCACAAGCACCACCUUCUACGCCGCCCUCCUGUUUCUCCCGCGCCAUCCAGCGGGUCAUGGAGGAAUCCGGCCGCCCAUGGCUGCCAGCGCGGCCUCAGCCACCAGAUCCGGCCGCCGCCAAGCCUCAGAGUGGAAGCCCCCCACUCCAUCAGCCCGGUGCUGGAUCCGGCGAGAUCCGCACGGGGGUGCUGGGAGGUGGGUCUCUACGGGGCGGCGACCUUCUUCUCCACAAACGGCCACCACCAGCGCCAUGCUCCACCCUCUCCCUCAUCUCUCCUGACGACGGCGCCCCUCGCCCACAACCGGUGCGUCAAGCGGCGGUGCCAACUCUGCCAGGCCACGCGAGGAUUCAGCCCGGCCUGACCACAUCUCGUCAUCCUUGUCUCUGGCCAUCACCGCCCGGAUCCGCCCAACCACCGGUUCCCGUCGCGCACCUGUCCGCCGCCAGGGGCCGAGGAGGAGACCAGGCGUCCUCCAUCUCACCUCUCCGUCCGACGGCCAUCGCCAUGUAGUUCGGCGUCAUGCGUGAUGCGGUUCGGUGCUGGUGCACGCCGGCGCGACCACACCAUCCCCAGCACGGACGGCUCCCUUCAGGCGUGCGGUCGUUUGCGAGGUCCCUUACCGUGCCAUUGCAGUGCAUCUGGAUACCUCGAGCAGUGCACCACGCGCCAUCAUGCAGUUCCUCCAUAGGCACCGGCAAAUUUUUUCAGAUUUUGCAGGGAUAUAGUGAAGUACAUUUACUAAUGCAGUACACUAAACUCUUUGUGUAGUUCGCUGGGCAUGAGGUUCACUAGCUCCUGCUUGCAGUUUUUUGAUAGGAAAAGGUGGUAGCUCCUGCUUGCAAUUCGCCAUGGUAGAUGGGUUGAUGCAGCCCACUUGAAGGAGUCUUGUGGUUCACUGCAUGCACACAAGGAAAAACGCAAAAGAGUGUUGUCUUGUGAUGCAGCCCACUUGUUCCAUUUUUGUUUGUUUUUUGAAGAUGGGGUGCAGGAAGACGGUGGUUUUGUGUGUAUUUUGCUCACGGUUGACAUUUUUCCGCUUUUCAGAUUUUGGCUGGAACCCAUGGGCGCACAGAUACAGUGCUGUGGGGGCUGGACAUGCAGUGCGCCGGCGCUGGAUUGCAUAUCACGGACAAAAAUGCGCAUUUAUUUUUUUAAGUCCCUCGUCAUUGUGAUUUGUGUGUGUUUCUACUGUGGAUUAAAAAGAGGAUCAUUGCAGUUCGUUCGCCCCAUCUCAUGUUCCAGACAUGUACAAAUUGCAGCUCUCUCGAAAACGUGCAUUGAAGAAAAAAAACUUUUUUAAGUGGAA